AUGAAAUCACAAAAUUCUAGUCGAAAUUCUGGGACAAAUGAUCUAAACAAGCCUGUUCAAUGCUAUUUGAGCAUGGUUUAUCUAAUUUUUGGAGUCCUUUCUUUUUUGGCUACUUCUGAAGCUUAUACUGGCUUAUAUUUUAUUAAA